AUGGUGCUGGAGGAAUCUGAUUACCCCCUGAUAUUUUCUGUCUCCUCUUACUCUAUAGGAGUUAGAGCAAAAGAUGUGAAGGACCUCAUACCCCUGGUGAUACUUUUCCUGCUGCUUCUAUUCUGGGAAAAUGAGCUGGAUGAGGAAGCAAUGGCGGCAACCUUAGAGCAGUUGCACGUGGACUACCCUCAGAGUGACGUUCCUGUAAGGUACUGCAACCACAUGAUCAUACGAAGACUCAUCAAGGAAGCCAACAACACCUGCAAAAAGGAGCACGUCUUCGUCCAUGAGAGGCCUCGAAAUAUCAACAGUGUUUGCAAUUCUCUCAGGAAGGUGGCUUGCCAAAACCAUUCCACCCUUCUCUGCUUCCAGAGUGAGACCAAGUUCAAAAUGACAGUCUGCAAAAAGCUCAUUGAAGGCACCAGAUAUCCCGCCUGCAGAUACCAUUCCCCCACAGAGGGGUUUAUUGUCGUCACUUGUGAUGACAUGGGGCCAGCUAAUAUCCAGAGAUAUGAUGAAUAA